AUGGUUGAGGCACAAAAGUUUAGGAUUGAGCAGGAGAUGACAAACCUUGUCAAUGAAUUGGACAAGAGUUAUUUACGGAAAAUGCAAAUAGACAAAUGCACGAUUGAAUUCGAGAAAUGCGCCGUAAAAUGUGUUGACAAGCACAUUGCAAUCAUUCCCAGUAUGAUGAAGACGAUGAAGGCAGUUUUAGCCAGCGGGAAACCUCCACCACCGAAGGCCAACUAA